AUUAAAAAUGCCUCCAGCAGGGUGGCAGGGGUUGUGGUGGUCCCAAAAACUAGCCCACCAGAGUUCUCGCCACAUACGACAUGUCCCAAUGAGAACACAGGUGUUUACACGGAAACCUAUGAUCAUAAUUUAGCGCACUGUAACACGACUGUAUGGAAUCCUCGGGGGAACGAUCUAUCCUAUGAGGAAUUUGACUUCCCUAUCUUCUCCCUGAAAGAAGACAAUGAAACAGAGGUCAUCAAACAGUGCUACUUUGAUCAUAAUCGUGUGGUGAACGGCAGUGGCCUGCAGUACCCUCUGUGUGCCAUGCAGCUCUUCUCUCAUAUGCAUGCUGUCACUGACACUGCAACCUGCAUGAGACGCAGCAGCAUGGACUUCAGCACCUCCCCAGAGCCCAACCCUCCCCAGUACUACGUUGGUGUUGCCAAGUCGUCCCAUCAGGCUAAUGCACUGACCUAUCUGGUCCAAUAUCUCCUGGCUAAUUUAACGGGAACAGCCACCAACCUCACCCAGAGCCAGUGCAAGAAGCCAGAUGAGCUGCCGAACGAGAGUACAUAUAUAAAUGUGGUUCUGAAUCUGUCUUUGUACUCUUAUCUCUGGGUUCAGGGCGUGGUCCCACUCAACAGCACCCAGAGGGAGUCUUUCUGCGUACGCACAGCAGUACGCCUGGUCAAGGCAGUGUCCCCCGCCUUCGAUCUGGGGGAUUACGUUUCCAAAGAAUAUUCCACAUGGACAAAAUCGCAGUGGAAGUUCAUCAAAGCUCGAAUUUUCCUAGUAGCCAGCCGGGACCUGGAGAUGCUGACCUUAGGCGUGGGAGUGGCCGUGUUAUUCACAUCGCUACUGGUCACAUACUUUGUCAGUACCAAGGCAGAUGUCCUCUUCAGCUCCGUCAGGGAACCCAACAACGCCGCAUACUGAUUGCCUCAUACUAACCUGUGACCAGCGACCACUACUCUCACAACCAAACAGUUUUGUUUUUACACACAAUAGGUACACAGACAAAUAGACAGACAGGUUAGGGUGACCAACAGACAGGUUAGGUAGAACUGGAGGUUUUAACUCACAGUGAAUGGCCUGUUUGGACUCAAACAGACGAGUUUUAACACAUAACCGGAUUUGAUUGGCUUGGAUGGAUGUGGACUCAACAGGGUCAGAUUGCCACCAGUGUAAAAUAUUUUCAUAUUUCAUUUUUUUUGUUUUGUCAAACAAUGUUUUGUUUACUGUAUCAUGGGAUUAGGCACUACAUUUUGUUUGACCUUGAUGUGUGUGUGUGUGUCCAAAUGGGAGGUGAGUGUUUGCGAGCGUGUGCAAGUGUGUUUAUUGAGUAUGCGGUUGUAGUAUGUACAAUAGCUUUCCUGUAAUUUCUCAGGAGAAUGAAGCCUUAUGUCGGGCAAAUGGACUUUGGAUGUGGGUUCAGCUGAAUGACCAUUACUAUGCUUAAACAUUCAGAUAUUUUUAUUUGGGUUGCAGUCUUUAAAAAUCAACUUUAUUUUAAGUCUAGACAUAAAUUGCAGGAUUUAAUAACAUUAUGCCCACAUGUUUUUAAUCAUGUAUUGAUGGAAUUGUUAAUUGACCUGGGUUUUUUUGUAUGUGAAGGUGAUCUCUGAUUUUGACCAACUGGGGAAUAAAUGUGAUUAUUGCCUUGAUAACAGGUUGCAAUUGUAAAUGAGAGCUGGUUCUCAACUUGCCUACCUGGUUAAAU